GAAGGCUUAGACAUCCUAGAGAUACCUGGUGGAACUACCUGCGUUUUGCAAUCACCCAAUGUAUCAGUAAAUAAGCCAUUUAAAAAUAGCAUGACGCGAAGGUGGAAAAAAUGGAUGGACAAAGAAAAAGGCAGAUUUACUAAAAAAGGAAACCUCAAAAGAGCAUCAUACAAAUUGAGGGAAAUCAGUACAGAUAUUUUGGCUAGGUCUUUUAAAGCAUUCGGGUUUACACUUAACCCCGAUGGCAGUAAAGAUGACAAGAUGACAAGCCGCCUGCAAGCUAUUAUUGCAAACCAUUUAAAUGAG